UCGGGGUUUCGAUCGCGGAAGGCGGGCUAUGACGUCCACAUUCUACGUGCUAGCGACGGACACUAAAAUCGCGGGGUCGAGCCUUGCUUAGUUGAGGACAGACAGUCUUUGGCGCGCCUUUUUACUACAGGGCAGAAACCGUAACAUAGUUUAGACAAAGUCAUCUCGCACUCAUUCAUCACCAGAAACACUCGAACAAAACAUUUCGCAGCCAACUUCUGAGAGAUAUGGACCGCGACACUGUCUUCAUCACCGGCGCCAACACAGGCAUUGGCUACGAGACUGUCCGCGCACUCGCCGCAUCGACUGUCUCGUAUGAAAUUCUCCUUGGAUCCCGGUCCGUCGAAAAGGGUGAGAAGGCAGUCCAGGACGCGAUCGAGGAAUUCCCUGCCAUUGACGGACACGUUUCUGUGGUACAGAUCGACGUAGAGAGCGAUGCGUCCAUCGAGGCGGCUUUUGAGACCAUCAAGACAAAGUACGGCCGACUGGAUGUCUUGAUUAACAAUGCUGGCGCAUCGUUUGAUCCACAGGUUACAGAAGGCAAAAUGACAAUCCGCGAGGCAUGGAACCAGAGCUGGAACGUCAACACGGCAGGCACACAGGUCGUCACGGCGACAUUUGUACCGCUGCUUCUCCAGUCGAGCAACCCUCGUCUACUGUUCCUUGUCAGCGGCACUUCAUCCUUAGCCAUCUCAGAGGUGCCAGACAUCCCUAUUAAUACGGUACCGGCCAAGGGCUGGCCAAAGACGGAUCUGUUCAUGCAGUGCAAUAUCCCUGCGUAUCGAUCGUCCAAGGCGGGAUUAACAAUGCUCAUGAGGUAUGACUUCCUGCUUUUGACAAAACGUUAUGCUUGAACAGACUAACAAGAAUGGCUACGCGUUUAGGGAAUGGCACCGCUUCUUGCGCAACGACGGCGUCAAGGUCUGGGGCAUCUCGCCCGGGUACUUGGCCACUGGGCUUGGUGGCAGCGUGGUGACGAAUCAGAAACAGGGUGCGGGAGACCCGGCCCUCGGUGGCGAGUUUAUCAGGGACGUUGUAGAGGGCAAGCGAGAUGAGGAUGUUGGCAAGGCUAUCUUGCGGGACAAGGUGCAGCCCUGGUAGGCAAGAGGUCCAGAUUGUAUGGUUUCUUGGCUACUGAUAUGCGUUUUGUCAUUACGGUUCCUCUUUUUGUUGAGAAGGCGCAGUAAAAAAAGCCUUUAUACGUUUCUGUCCGAAAACCUUCCUGAUUCGACAAAUAUGCGGAUGCGGGACUUGUUUUGUUUCCAUACUGUGUGUGCCUGGACAAGCGCCACGUUAUGCAAAGCAUCGGCCAGGCACACUAUCAGAGUUUUCGUUCUACUCUUCCUUCGCUCUCGUUUGCAGCGCAAGGCUUGAAUUCUUCUCGGCUAUGCCAUGUGAUUUUGCUGCAUGAAAAGAAUGAUUCACGUUUAUCUUUGUUUCUUAGGUGCUGUGCGGUGGCGAAUGCCGAUCUGUUCUGGACGCAUCGGUGGCUCCGUUUUGGUUAGGCAGCGUGGAUCUUGGAUUACGUACGCUGUUAAAAUUGAUGGCCGACGAUGGAGAAGAAAUUACAAGAGGAAAAGGGCCAAGAGAUGAUUCGUAGUUUUGAGACGUGUUCGUCGGGAGUUGCUUGCUUUUGCUUGCUUGAUUGUGAAGAGUGGAGGUGGGUGGUUAGCUACGGCGAUGUGGUGCAGAUUCUAGCGCUGGUGCCAAGACGCAUAAAAACAAGAAAAACCGGCAUAGAGUGGCAUCUGCGGUGAAAAGGGUCUGUAUUAGCAAAUCGUAAAGAAACGAAACAUGAAAAGUAUAAUUCAGUCCCCAUUAGGACACGAGACAAUAAAAAGUGCGAAUAAGGUUGUUCUUGCCAGCGGGGGAUCCGUAGAUAGAGCUUGGAAAUCGCUACUAUUCCCAAUACUGCAAUGGCCAGCAAUUGCCCUAAAAAGCAGCAGCACUACUGUACAUACCAUACUGUAUGGUAGUAUUCUAUCGAUCCACACUAAGCAAAGAUUGGCAGAUGUGACCUGCACCUCGUAUUCCUUUCUUUCCCCAGCCCUGUCCGACGGAGGCCGUCCAUCCACACAGCCUUGCAGUGAGUGCCAGGGCUAGUGGGUGGUGGUGUGCAAUUUGGCUGCCGUGUCUGUCUGUGCCCGCGAACAAGAAAUACAUCAGUUUGUUUGAAGAGGGAAUUGCGCAAUUAGAUUUUUCAAAUUUUAAUUUCAAUUUCAUCUUCGCAAUUGUGCGCGCGGCAAAAGGUCGUCGUCAUCGUCAUCAUCAGCAUCCGCUUGACUGGCUGUUAGUGCUCCAGAGCAAGUUCUAGAAGCUCCACUAGCUA